AUGAAACGAGGAAAGGGCACUCAUUCCAGUAGUACCAUCAGUGUGGAUGGUGUCACUUCCUUGGAUAUCAGCACAGGACCUGAUCAACUUGACCCAGCGGUAAGGGAUGCCCUUAUUAAAAGGGCAGAAGCAGAAGCCUUGCAAUACCGACAAGACCAUGAAGCCAUCGUCACACGAACUCAGGAAGAAGAAGAAGGAGAAGCUGUUAAGAAACUGCCAGCCAAGAAGAAUCCUGGCAGUUCGUCCACGGAUGGUACCAACGGUAGCUAG